ACAACUGACUUCACUUGCUACCUGCGACAAUCCCAGGGUCUCGUUUGAAAAAAAAAAAAAGACAAGAGCCAUCCUCGCCGCCGUCGAGAGCCCGGCCGCCGCGAUGGCUCGCACGAAGCACCCAGCUGCGAGGAACUCCAGGCCGCAGCCCAAAAAGCAGCUCCAGUUCGGGCGCUCCCCCGGCCUGGGGCCGCAGCAGGAGACAGGCGGCACGAGUACGUCGGAGGCACCGAGGCGAGGUGGGCGAAGGGCGGCUGCAGCGACGACUCAAGAAGCAGUGGCACCUGUGCAACAGAGGGUGAAGAAGCCGCACCGAUUCAAGCCAGGCACUGUCGCACUGCAGCAGAUCAGGAAGUACCAGAAGUCCACCGAGCUUCUCAUCCCGUUUGCACCCUUUGUCCGUCUGGUUAAGGAGGUCACUAACUUCUGCUCCACCAAGGUGUACCGCUGGACACCUCAAGCUCUCGCUGCGUUGCAAGAGGCUGCAGAAUAUAUGUUGGUAGACUUAUUUGAAAGGGCAAAUCUCUGCUCCAUCCAUGCAAAGCGUGUUACCCUCAUGCAGAAGGACAUCCAUCUUGCUAGGCGUAUCGGGGGGCCAAGGUGGUGAUACUAAUGGAAUAUAUUUUCUUCAUCCCAGGGGCAAAGCCGUUGCGAUACCGAUGGGAGAUAUUUUCUGUAUUGUGGGGUGCAAUGGCAGUGGUGAUAGUGAUCAAAUAGACAAAUAUCAGUGGUGAUACUCAUUGUUAGGAAGUAUUGUACUCCCUCCGACCCAUAUUACUUGCUAGUAAUAUAGAUGUAUCUAGAAAUAUUUUAGUUAUAUACUAGUGGCAAGUAAUAUGAAUUGGGGGGAGUAGUUGUAUCUUCAUUUAGUUAGCUGGUCUUCGAAGUUGAUUCUUAUUUGUUAUGUAUAUCUUAGGGGUCAUUUGACCUUCCUAGCCUUUGCGCUCCAUUUCAGUUGAUCUGAUUCAGAGUUUA